ACCAGUAGCCAAUUGGACAUCUACUCUCCUAUCCUUUAAGAUAAGCCCCUGGAUACAUUUAACAGAUUUGCAUAUCCUUGGUGCCGGAGACCCCCAGCUCAUUGAAGGGAAAAAAAUUGACCCAAAAUGGCCUCUGUUUGUGCUUCUUCUGCUAUUGCAGCUGUUGCCAUCUCAUCCCCCAGUUCCCAGAAGACUGGAUCAGUCGUGGGGGCAACAAAGGCUUCUUUUCUUAGUGGGAAGAAAUUGAGAUCAGCGAGAAAGUACAGUGCAGCACCAGCUGGAGCACGACCAGUUGCCGUGUGUGCAGCUGCAGACCCCAACAGACCUCUGUGGUUCCCGGGCAGCACUCCUCCACCAUGGCUUGAUGGCAGCCUCCCUGGAGACUUUGGUUUUGAUCCUCUAGGUCUUGGAUCUGACCCUGAGACCUUGAGAUGGAACGUGCAAGCAGAGCUUGUGCAUUGCAGAUGGGCAAUGUUGGGGGCUGCAGGAAUUUUCAUCCCAGAGUUCCUAACAAAGAUUGGCAUUUUAAACACUCCUUCAUGGUACUCAGCUGGAACAGAGGAGUACUUCACUGACCCCACAACCCUCUUCAUAGUUGAGCUUCUUUUCAUCGGCUGGGCAGAAGGGAGAAGAUGGGCUGACAUCCUCAAGCCAGGCUGUGUAAACACCGACCCCAUCUUCCCCAACAACAAGCUCACGGGGACUGAUGUUGGGUACCCAGGUGGCCUGUGGUUUGAUCCUCUUGGCUGGGGAAGUGGUUCUCCUGAGAAGAUCAAGGAGUUAAGAACAAAAGAGAUCAAGAAUGGUAGAUUGGCUAUGUUGGCUGUGAUGGGUGCAUGGUUCCAACACAUCUACACUGGUACUGGACCUAUUGACAACCUAUUUGCCCACCUUGCCGAUCCUGGCCAUGCUACCGUUUUUGCUGCUUUCACCCCCAAGUGAGAAACAACAAGGGAGAACCCCAACAGCAAUUAAAAUGUUGGAGAAACAUUGAUGGUCAUAUCUUUGCCUAAUUAGCAGGGCGAUGGAAAGAUGUGUACUUUUGUGGGGAAUGUUUUUAUCAGUAGAAGUUUGUAUUGCCUCUGCUUGUCUUCUAUAGAUGCUCAAGUGAUGUACAAAUACCUCUGUGAAAUUAGAUGCCAUGAAUAUUUAUUCAGGUUAAUUAAACAA